CGCUGUCAAAUCUUUUCCCUUCGCAUCGCGUUUCCAUUUUGAGCAUCAUCGGAGGAAUUUGAGCGGAGCUUGGAUUUUGUUAUUUUUCUCCGUUUAAUGUUCCAGAUUUAAGUGUUUUUGUCGCAAGUGAUCAUUGCCCGGUGACCAAUAUGCCUCCGGAGACGAUUAGUCAAUCGAUUGAGCUGACCGACCACACCUGUCGGCUGUGUUUGGCCAAUGACCAGGAGAUCACCCCAAUGGUGGACGCGCUCAGCUUGGACGAAAUGAAAAAUGUUAUCGAUGGGUUGCUCAAGAUUGACCUUACCAAUUGCGGCCCAUUUCAAAGUGCGUGCUCCAAUUGCGUGGUGAAAAUCCGGCUCAUCGAAAGCAUCCGGACGGAAUUUGAUGGAAGCAACAAGAUAUUCGAUGUUAUGUGGACUCAAUACAAGCGAAUCCACUACCCGGAGCCGAUUCCCACUCCGAAAAAGGGACGUCCCAAGUUGGAAAAGAAAAGUCCCCCACCGACGCAGAAGAUUACGGCGGCCUACAUCAUCGAUGGCAUGGUGAUUGAGAAUACGGAAAUUGAAUACGUGCAGGACGAGGGUGCAGAAUUUUUCAUCAAGAGCGAAAGUCACGUUGGGCUCAUCAAGCAGGAAGGAGGCGAUGAGGACUCGGUCAGCGAUAUCAUUACCGGAGACGAUGACCAUCACACAAUGGAUGAAACGGUGGAGGAAGAGUACGUUUAUGAGGAAGUUCCCAUGGAUGAUGACAAUCGCAUGCAGGAGGAAUAUUUGACCGAAGAGACAAAGGAGGAAGAUCCGAAGAAACCCGAGGAAGACGAAAAGGACGCAGCAUUGAAGGAGGUACCCAUGGAAGAGGACACCGGUUAUUACGACAAGACCAUUCCAUGCUGCUACAUCUGUUUGGAUCGUUUCGACAGUUUUGGGGACGUUUCGGCACAUUUGGUCGAUGCUCACGCCGACAUGCUUCCGUUCCAUUGCGACAAGUGUCUGGGAUACUUCGAUACCUUGGAGGAAGUGAAUAAGCACUAUAUAUCCCAUGUUUACGAGUUUGUUUGUCUCUAUUGUCCAAGGCGGUACUGCUCGGAGCAGUAUCUGGCCAACCAUAACUUGGUCUGCAAGUCGUUCAAGUGUCAGCUGUGCGAGGAGACCUUCGAGCUGCAAAGUCACCUGAAGGCUCAUCUUCGUCAGGUUCAUCCUUCGGAAACAAGACACAGCAACCGGAAGAAUAAUGUGUGCGGAACAUGCGGAAAAGCUUUCACCCAUGCUUGCAAUCUCGUUCGCCAUCUGAGGAUCAAACGUUGUGGAAGAGGAAGACGCGGUGACGACGAUGAAGUAAUCGUCAGGAGGAAGAAAAUCAAGGCAGAUCCAGACGCUCCAUUGAGGGAUGAUGAUGACGACGAUCGAGAUUUGAAAAUCAGACCACCGCUAACAUGCCAAGUUUGCAGCAAAAAACAUGACAGCAACAGUAGUUUGGCUCGUCACAUUGAAAAAGAACAUCAAGACUUCAAUAUUCCGCUUUUCUCCUGUAACAUUUGUCCGAAAAAGUUUACCACCUUUGAGAAGUGCACCCGCCAUCGAGCUUUCCACAAAAAAUCCAAGAAACAACCGCAAUCCCUACUGCUGAAGAAGGACCCGAACGAGAACACCUGCAAAAUUUGUAACAAACAAUUCCGCCUGGACCAUAUGCUGCUGAAACAUCUCUCGGAGAUCCACCAGUUGACGCUGGAACUGUUCCACUGUGAUCAGUGCGGCAAGAAGUUCUCAACGGAGCCAAAACUUCGCAAACAUCAAUACAACACCCAUCGUGAGAAUAAGAAUCUAUACGUCUGUUCUCACUGCGGUCAGAAGUUCGAGAAAAAACUCACCCUCAAAGAUCACGAAACAAAGCAUUUGAAUGCGCCAGCCUAUCAAUGCGAUAUUUGUCUGAAAACUUUCAUCCACAAGCACAGUCUGGACCGCCACGCAUUGGUCCAUUCGGAUGAGAAGAACUUCGAGUGCGAAUUCUGUCACAAAACGUUCAAGCGGAACACCACGCUGGUCAUCCACAGACGGAUCCAUACCGGCGAGAAGCCAUACGAGUGCGUUCCCUGUGGGCAGCGGUUCAUCGACUCCAGUACGCUGAUCAAACAUCGACAGAGGAUGCACCCGAAGGCGGAUUAGUGAAGAUUGUUACAUAAUAAGUGUAGUGGUAGUUUUUAGUGUUUAAAGUAAUCAUACUUUGGCUUACUAAAUCAGAUUAAGAAAAUAAAGCGGUUAUUUUCGAA